AUGCGACAGGAGGGCGAUCAUCAGGACCUGAUCUUUCGGUGGAGGGAUCCGGUCGAACUGGUCCGCAAGCUGUACGGCAACAAGCGAUUUCGAGGGUCGUUCAAGGUCUAUGCAAGGCCCAUCUAUAACAAGGAUGGCGAAAGGUGUAUCACUGAUGCGGCAUCUGCCGAUUGGUGGCUCCGAUUUCAGGAGAGAAUCGAUGGCCUGGUCGCUGCUGUUGCGCUCUACAGCGAUCCGACGGCGGUCUCGAGCGACAUGACCAUCACUGGGUGGCCAGUAACGCUUACCAUCAGGAACAUUGGUCCGACCGUGAGGCACCGGGGGGAGUUCGCUAUUCUCGCGGGUAUCGUGGCGCAGCUCCAAGAGCUUCCAGAGUAUGGUUUCAUUGCUUCCUCAAGAGCAUUCAAGGAGCGACGCUCCACUCUCGUGUGGCAGUGCGAGAUCCAGCUCUUAUCAGUCCUGAAAGCUGCCAGCUCGAGAGGUGUUUACAUGCGCGAUCCCUGGGGCGUGCUACGGAAGGUUUACCCCGGGCUCCACUCUUACAGCUGUGAUCUUCAAAAAGCUUACAAGCUCGGGGUUGUGAAGACUGGACGAUGCCUUGUCUGCCUUGUUCCGGUUGCGGAGCUCAACGAUCUGGAGGGUCGUUGGUCCGAGAGAACGGAAGCUUUUAUGGGGGAGGUGGGCUGCUUGUGGAACUGGUACGAGGGCCUCGACCUGCCGGACGAUGUUCGAGACUCCUAUCGAGCCCUUGUCCCCAAUACUCUCCAUGGUAUCGAUCUCGGAAUCUGGUUGUACCUGGUCGACGGCAUCCGGGACUGGGCUAAGGGGCAGUAUACAAGGCAGUUGGCGGCGAAGAGGCUGCGGACAGUGGACGCGCGUUUGAGAGGCAUGCCUCGGGAGUCGGGCUUCCGUCUGCCAAGGCGGAAGGGCGUUUACAUGGAGAAGAAGAAGACUUACAAGGGGUAUGAGCAGCGCAACAUGAUGCAGCUUUUCGUCUUCGCCAUCGUCGGCCUCUUCAAGCAAGCGAACGGCCGUGAGCCUUUCGUGGAGCUCAUUCUACAGUUCCUAGACUGGUAUAUGCAACUGACCCGGCGAAAUCUGCCCAAGUACCACACGAAGGCCAGUCUUCGGAAAACGGACAAGUUGGGCAUCAAGUUUGGUCGCUCGGCUGUCCGGUUCCUGUCCGGCGUUCAAAAGUCCGACUUCAAAACGGCCAAGUUCCAUCACAUACCCCUCUACACCAAGGUCAUCCAGGCGCGGGGCCUCACCUCGGAGACGAGCUGCGAGGAAGGGGAGGGCAGCCACGGCCGCACGUCAAAGAAGGCUUACCAGGCCUCAAACAAGAAGAACACUGGAGAGCAGGUUAUGCGGUUUAACCAACGCCGGCAGAAUGUUGCCGAGUACGUGGAGGGCUGCAAUACGGGCCGCCGUGGGUUCCGUAUCCAGCGGAGGGUUAUGGUGACAGCCCUUGCUGCCACUGAAAAGGCGGCUCGACAAAAGAAACACGUCCUGGCAGCAACUCGAGUACCGCUCCGGUGGGAGUGGCUCCGACCAGCGGGUCAAGCCACGUACCCCCGGUUUCCAGACCCGGGGUCUCGUGCGGGCAAGGCGAUCGUGAAACGGAUUGCUCACCAGUACAGCGACCUGCAGCAUCUCGAGCGUUGCACGCGUGUAUUUCUUGCCGGAGGCCUGCAGGGUGUCCGAGGGGAUGCAGCCUUGCUGGAGAAUCUUCCGAAUUGCCAGAACUCUGAGAUCCGGGUUGCAAAGCACGCCGCCAUUGCACCAGGGAGAGGUAGCCGCUUCCAAGAGCACGUGUCGAUCGCGCACGCAGAUCCGGAGUUUCACAAGAAGCCGUACUACAGCAACGUUGCCGUUCUUGCUGCCGAUGGCAGCGAAUGGUACGCUAACGUGAGGUUAUUGUUCUCUCUAACCGAUCAGAGGGGUCGCAAUCGGAACCUGGUCUUUGUAAGAUAUCUUGAGGAUUAUAGAGUGCCGGACGCAACUACAUGCAAGCGGCUGAGUUGGGCCAAAUACCUUCAUAGAGGCCAGCAUGUAGACGAGUGGUAUGACGUCAUCGAGUUGAAAAGCAUUCUGCGAACAGUCUACCUGGUGAAGGAUUGGAAUCGGGAAGGCGGUUUCUAUUUAAACAGAUUCAAGUGGUCGUCAGAGAAGCGAUAUAAAGGGAACAAGGUGUAA